UCUAUUCUUCUUUCUAAUCUCAUAUCAUCAGUGUCUCUUGAGUACAUCCUCUUCAAUGGAAUCCAAUUGCGUUCAGUUUCUCCAGGACAAGACCAUUCUUGUCACCGGUGUUCCUGGUUUCCUUGCUAAAGUGUUUGUGGAGAAAAUAUUGAGGCUUCAACCAAAGGUAAAGAAGCUUUUCCUUCUCUUGAGAGCACCAGACAAUGAAUCAGCCAUGCAACGGUUUCACAGUGAGGUUCUUGAGAAAGAUCUUUUUAGAGUGCUGAGGAACAAUUUAGGUGAUGCAAAUCUGAAAGCUUUAGUAUCAGAAAAAGUUGUACCUAUACCGGGUGAUAUUUCAGUUGAUAAUAUAGGAGUGAAGGACUCUGAUCUCUUACAACUUAUGUGGAAUGAGAUCGAUAUCAUUGUUAAUGUCGCCGCAACGACAAACUUUGAUGAAAGAUAUGAUGUUGGUCUUAGAAUCAAUACAUUUGGACCGCUCAAUGUUCUUAACUUUGCCAAGAAGUGUGUUAAAGGACAGUUGCUUCUCCAUGUCUCAACGGCGUAUGUGUGCGGAGAGCAAUCUGGACUCUUACAUGAGAAAACAUUUCACAUGGGAGAGACUUUGAACGGACAUGGAAAAUUAGUUAUCGAUACAGAAAUGGAGAUAAUGAAACAAAAACUGAAAGAAUUACACAAACAAGAUUGUCCAGAAGAAGAGAUUGCACAAACAAUGAAAGAUCUUGGAAUGUCAAGGGCCAAGCUUCAUGGAUGGCCAAACACAUAUGUGUUUACCAAAUCAAUGGGAGAGAUGCUUCUUGGUAACCAAAGAGAAACUCUUCCUAUUGUUAUCAUCCGUCCCACGAUGAUCACUAGCACUUUUUCAGAACCAUUUUCCGGUUGGAUCGAAGGGUUAAGAACCAUAGAUAGUGUGAUUGUAGCAUAUGGCAAAGGAAGGCUUAAAUGUUUUCUUGCAGAUCCAAACUCAGUUCUUGAUCUUAUACCUGUGGACAUGGUCGCAAACGCAAUGGUCAAUGCUGCGGCAAGACACGCUGGGAAGUUAGGCUCUCAGACCGUUUAUCAUGUUGGCUCAUCUUUUAAGAACCCUAUCACAUUCGAACAGGUUCACGAUCUCGCGGCUCGCUACUUCACCAAAAACCCUCUUAUAGGACGCGAUGGUUCACCCAUCAUAGUCUCCAAAGGAACUAUCCUGUCCACUAUGGCUCAGUUCAGCUUCUACAUGACCCUUCGUUACAAACUACCUUUGCAGAUGUUGCGAUUGAUAGGUAUAAUUUAUCCAUGGUGGGAUGGAAACAAAUAUAAAGACAUUGAUCGCAAAAUUAAGCUGGCGAUGCGACUGGUCGAGCUCUAUAGACCUUAUGUCUUGUUUAAGGGCAUAUUUGAUGAUUCAAAUACCGAGUUACUACGGUUGGAAAGAAAGGAGGUUAAUAAAGAAAUGAAUGAUGUAUUCCAGUUUGAUCCAAAGACUAUUGAUUGGGAAGAUUACAUCACGACUAUUCAUAUUCCCGGCCUCAUCACAUAUGUACUCAGAAAAUAAUUAAAACAUUAAGAUGUUAAGAUGUUUAUUAUUUAUAUUUCUUGGUUACCUAUAGAUUAUGUGAACUGAGUUAAAUUGUGAAUUGGUUGAGUUUGGUAACGAAAACAAGGUGUUUAUUGCAAUUAUUAAUCUACUUUUAUAUCUCUCAUGUAUUGAGUUAAGUUUUAGUUUUGAUCUACGUACUAGGUUUUGUAUAA